UAUUUAUUUUUUUAUUCCUAAUAUUAUGUACAGAGGUAUUGACUGCACGUUUAUUGUCACGUCCUUCAGAAAAUCCGCGGUCUAUCGCCCUGGUCCCGGUCAUUUGUCGUCUAAGUACAACGAUUAUAAUAUACAUUCGGUAACGCACGCAGGUUUCAUUGAUCGAAGUAAAGAAUGAAAAGAAAUUAAAUGAAAAAAAAAACAUCGAGAACCGAGAAGAAGAAGAAAAAAAAAGUUAUAGUACAAGACCUUGAAUUACACAACACAAUGUGUAAGAGACAAACGGGAGCUCUCCUUCAUUCUGGAGCAGGCAAACGCCACCACCUUUUUGUAAAAUUUCCCUAUAAAAGAGACGGAGUGGACAGUGGUGAUAUUAGUUUGUGUUUUCGCAGCUUAAACAAAUCAACAAAAAUUAAAAAAAUGUUGUUCCUCGAGGUAGCAGUUUUGAUUGUGGCGGCAGCAGUUGGCAGCAAUGCGGUGAUUUCGGAAUACGACGGUUACGGAUACGGUGACGUUGGCUAUAACGGCUUAGCGGACGGUUAUGGUUACGCGGCACCAGUUGCGCAAGUUGGUUUAGUGCCAGUUGUGAAUAAAGUUGCUUACAAUCCGGGUUACGCCAGUUACGGUGGUUAUGGACUCAACGGCGGUUAUGGACUCAACGGUGCUUAUGGACUCAACGGUGUUUAUGGAGGUUAUGGUUCCUACGGAAACGGAUACGUCAGUGCCUACGGUCACAAUGACGGACAUCAUGACGAACACCACGAUUCUUACGCGUAUCCAAAAUACGCGUAUAAUUAUGGUGUCAAUGAUCCAACGACUGGCGAUGUUAAAAGCGCUCACGAAGAACGAGACGGCGAUGUUGUAAAAGGUUCUUACAGUCUAAAUGAGCCCGAUGGCACAAUCAGAGUUGUCGAAUACACUGCCGAUCCUCACAAUGGUUUUAAUGCGGUUGUGAAAAAAAUUGGUCACGCCAUUCAUCCAACACCUGUCGCUAAAUAUGUGGCACCCGCAAUUGUACCAACCCACCACGGUCACUUAGGAUACUAAAUUACUAAUUACUAAAUUAAAAAUUAAAAAUUCAAAUUUUUUCUACAGUAUAAACUCUCGAUAAUUUAUUGCAUCUCAAUAACCGUCCACUUAUCGAGAAUUUUUCUGUAUUUUUCGAAAACGAAACAUUUUUUUUCCUAAUUCAACAAUUUUUUUUUUUGAAUUUAAGAAAAAAAAUGUUAAUUGGAAAAAUUAGUAACUAAUUGUAAAAUCUAUUUAUUCUCAAAGAUUUUUAUUUUGUAAAAUAUAAAUUAUUAUCAAUUUUGCGAAAAUGAAAGAAUUAAUCUUCGUUUGCCAACUGGAAGAAUAAAAGAUUGUAUAUUCUGUAAAUUUUAAAAUGAAACUUUUCUAUGUCAAUAUAUAGAAGUGCGUUCAUUUUUCGAGGAAAGAAUAUUGUUUGUCUCUUGAGAUUAUUUUUCACUUAUAUAAAGCGAUCCACGUUUCAUUCUCAUAAAAUGUAUGACAUCUUCCACCCUCAUAGAAGUUUUUUUUUUUUUUUGAAAAAACUUUAUUGUACGAAAUAUUUUCUGCUCAACUUUUAAUUUCACAGUGACAAAUAAAUAAUUUAAGUUUGUAAAAUACUACUGACAUUUGUAUAAAACAAAAUCCU